AUGGAUCCAAAUUUAAAAAUUACCAAAGAGAUGAGCCCGACAACGGAAGAUGAGAAAAAAGAAAUGAAAAAUCGACCUUACAGGGAAUUAAUCGGUGGACUUAUCUACUUAGCUAACGCUAUCCGCCCAGACAUAGCCUUCGCGGCUAGUACAUUGAGCCGUUUCUGUUCAGACCCUGGUAAGGAUCAUUGGAUCGUUGCAAAAAAGAUACUAAGGUAUUUGAAAGCGACAUCCCAUAGGAUUACUUACACAAAAGAUAAAAGACAUUUGAAAACAUACACCGACUCGGAUUGGGCAGGAGACAUCGAUGAUCGCAGAUCAUGCUCAGGCAAUGUUCUAAUGCUGUCCACUGGCCCAAUUAGUUGGAAAUCGAGAAAACAAGCAUCAAUGGCGUUGUCCACUAUGGAAGCAGAGUAUGCGGCACUUUGCGAGGUUUCGCAUGAGAUAGUUUACAUAAGAAGGUUAUUAAUUCACAUGGGUUUUGAAAAAUAUGUAACGUCGCCUAUUGAUGUAUUUUGCGAUAAUCAAAGUGCAAUACAACUGUCCAAAAACGCCGUAUAUAUAAACGGAGCAAGCACAUUGAUAUUAACUUCCAUUUCACUCGAGAGUUAG